AUGCAAAUCAAAUCUGCUGGCAGCUGUGCUUUGAAAAUUUUCAGCCGCAAUAUCACCUCGACUGUGGGGUCGACAGGGAUAGAUAGAACCGUCCCGUUAGGAUUUUAUACGAGUCGCAGCUUGGCUGGUGUGUCUUCUAUAAAUUCCAUAUCUGCUGGAAAUCCCAGAACAAUCUCCACAACUGGAAGACAACAGACCACAUUAAAUAUGGCUGAACCUAAACCUCUCCGCUACGUCGAUAUUGGUAUCAACUUGAGUGACCCCGUUUUCCGCGGUGAAUAUCAUGGAAAGCAGGCCCAUGAAGACGACCUCGACGACGUUAUCCAGCGUGCUCGGGAUGUAGGCUGCUCAAAGUUUAUGGUAACCGGCUCAGACCUUGUAGAAUCGAAGCACGCUGUGCAUAUCGCCAGCAAAUACCCGGGCUUUUGUUACGCAACCGUUGGCGUACAUCCAUGCCAAGCAAAGCUUUUCGACGAGUACCCAGACGGUCCCUCAAAAAUGCUGGAGGAGCUCCGCGCUCUAGCAAUUGAAUCCAAACAAUCCGGCCACACCGUCGCUUUCGGCGAAAUCGGCCUUGAUUAUGACCGACUGUUCCUAAGCCCCAAGGAGCCACAGCUCAAAUAUUUUGAAGCCCAACUGGACCUGGCUGUUGAAAUCCAGCUCCCUUUAUUCCUCCACUCCAGAGCUGCGAGCGAGGACUUUGAGAGACUCCUUGCCCCAAGGCUUGCCAAGCUUCCCAAGCGGGGACUUGUGCACAGCUUCACGGGGACAAUGGAUGAAAUGAACCGGAUGGUUGCGUUGGGUCUUGACGUCGGUGUUAAUGGGUGUAGUAUGAAGACCGAGGAGAACCUGGAGGUUGUUAAAGCUAUUCCACUAGACCGGCUCCAAAUCGAAACUGAUGGGCCCUGGUGUGAAAUUCGCCCCUCUCAUGCAUCUGCAAAACACCUAAGUGGUGCACCGGAACUGCCAAAGGCUUUGAAGAAAGAGAAAUGGCAGAAGGGGUGUAUGGUGAAGGGUCGGAAUGAGCCUAUUGCCAUCGCUCGUGUUGCUCAUGUUAUUGCCAGCGUCAAGGGUAUCACCGUGGAGGAAGUUUGCGAAGCUGCUUGGAACAACUCUAUCAGAAUGUUUGGGUUGGGCGAGGAGUCGCCUUGA